AUGGACAAGGAAACCAUCGCGCGGGAUCAGUUCAACUGCAGCGCUGCAGCUGGCUACUGCGACUUGGCAUCGAUCCGGGAGCACUGCUGUAAGACUUGCGAGGCUCAUGAUGAGUUGCUGGAGGAGUGUGUUGACGAUCCAGAGCCGGGGAGCGGAGCCUCUUGCGAGAACCUGCAAAGCCAGUGCUCCGACAUAGCAGUCAAGGAACUGUGCUGCGCGACCUGCUCUGUCAACAGCACCGGCACGAACACCAGCUCGACAGCAAACAACACCAGUGGGAACAGCAGCGCGGCUGCUCAUGCUCCCAUCGUUCUUCUAUCCCGUUGA